GAGCUGCUGCGUCGGCGCGGAAAAUACUAUGAAAUGGUCAACUUGCAGAACUUGGGCUAAAGGUGUGAGUUGUAAGAUAAUAGAUAGGCUUUCGAGCAAUUGUUUCGUUCAUGUACAUAGACUUAAAUCAUCAUUCUUUUCGGGAUUCUGAAGACUGAAGGACAAUUGGAAAAGCCGAUAAGUGAUAAGGACAACUCCCGAGCUCGGAAGAAAGCGACCCUUCCGUGCGAUCGAAACGGGAAUAGUGCGGGGUAUAGCUUACCUCAUCAUCUGGAGAUGGAUUCAAUCUUUUUCUCCUGGGGGAAAUGAAGGACGAUUCCCCGCCAGCAGCUGCCUGCAUAUCUUCAAUACAUUCUCAGCUUCUUCGCUAUGGCUCUCCCUGCUUACAAGACCUCUUUCCUGGAGUCCUCCAUCUCCGCCAAGGUUCUGACCUUCGGCACUUUCACUCUCAAGUCGGGCCGUCAAUCCCCUUACUUCUUCAACGCCGGUACCUUCCACACGGCUUCUCUCCUCUCCGCCCUUUCAACCGCCUAUGCUCACACCAUCAUCUCUUUCCUCGCCGAGAACCCUUCCAUCCCCAAGCCCGAUGUGAUCUUCGGCCCCGCAUACAAAGGCAUCCCCCUCGCCUGCGCCACCCUGCUCGAGCUUCACCGUCUCCAACCUGAAGUCUGGUCCGAGGUGUCCUACAGCUACAACCGCAAGGAGAAGAAGGACCACGGCGAGGGCGGCAGCAUCGUGGGUGCAGGCUUGAAGGACAAGAACGUGCUGGUGAUUGACGACGUGAUUACCGCCGGUACGGCGAUGCGUGAGACCUUGGAUCUGGUUGCUAAGGAGGGCGGCAAGGUCGUUGGCUUUGCCGUCGCGCUCGACCGCCUGGAGAAGAUGCCCGGCCCCAAGGACGCCAACGGUGUCGAGGAUGAUGCGCCACGCAUGAGCGCCAUGGGUCAGAUCCGCAAGGAGUAUGGCGUGCCCACGACGAGUAUCGUCACGCUGGAUGACUUGAUCCGAUUGAUGCAGGAGAAGGGCGCUGGCGAGGACAUGCGCCGCUUGGAGGAGUAUCGGGCCAAGUACCGAGCUAGUGACUAGAGGGUUGAAAGAGAAAUAUAAUUGGAUGAAAGGGCGGCAUUGCACCAAGUCAGGGGUUAGGGCUGGGAGUGAGUAGUUUGUUUCUGGAUAUGCUAUUAGCUUAGGGAUAGCAUCAAGCUCCACUGGUUUUCUCCAUGAAAUGACGGGUUUGGCUCAAUCCUUCGAUUCACUUCUA